GCCCUAUAUACAUACAACACACGGUGAAUCAUCUGUCAGAUUCAAGGUUAAACUGGCAAAAGCACUUCUUUUUCAAAAAAUAAAUCAAAAAUUAAUAUAAUGGCCAAAGACGAAAAAUUAGAAUCUCCACAACGCGAUGCAGCGCAAAAAGAAAAUUUAUGGUCUUCGAUUCUAAACGAUGUCCAAAACCAUGGAAACACAAAGCUACCAUCCUGCAAGCAAAUUCUUGUGUUGGGCGAUAAUGAGUCUGGCAAAACGACUAUGGUGGCAAAAUUACAAGGAGUUGAAGAUCCCAAAAAAGGAUGGGGCUUGGAGUACGCCUACAUUGACGUUCGCGAUGACUACAGAGACGAUAACACUCGGUUGAGCGUAUGGGUCUUAGAUGGGGACGCAGGUCAUAAUGAGCUACUUAAAUUCGCCCUUAAUUCAGAGACAUUCCCUCAUACUUUAGUGGUUUUAACUGUGACAAUGACCUCACCGUGGGGAAUUUUGGAUCAACUACGCCAUUGGGCUUCUGUACUUGCGGAUCAUGUCGAUAAACUAAAGUUAGAUGUUGAUUUACGACAGUCACGCAGGCAGUACUUGGUGAAAACGUGGCAAGACUACAUUGAACCGGGCGAUGAACUGGAUCCUGCCUCGCCAAUGAAACGUAGCUCGCGGAAUUUGGGAGAUGGUGAUUUCGAUGGAGAGCUGUAUGAUGACGGCCCUCUACCUGAAGGAACGUUAACUAGCAACUUAGGACUGGAUAUUGUUGUAGUGGUUACUAAGACGGAUUACAUACAAAAUCUGGAAAAAGAACAUGACUAUCGGGAUGAGCACUUGGAUUUCAUGCAGCAGCAUAUUCGACGAUUCUGUUUGCAAUAUGGGGCCGCUCUCUUUUAUACUAGCGCAAAGGAGGACAAGAAUUGUGAUUUAUUAUAUAAAUAUCUUACUCAUCGUAUUUAUGGUUUUCCAUUUCGUACCCCAGCCUUGGUAGUCGAAAAAGAUGCAGUCUUCAUACCUGCAGGUUGGGAUAACAUGAAGAAAAUUAGCAUUCUAUUCGAAAACAUGCACACCUGUAAACCGGAUGACUAUUACACUGAUAUUAUCGCCCAACCAGUCACAAGAAAGACUGUAAGUCGCGAAACCGAACUCCUAGCAGAAGACGAGCAGGGAUUUCUAACUCGCCAGCAGCAAAUUCUGUUAGCGGGAGGAGGUUUAGCUCCUGCAGGUUUGCGCCCCGGAGAAUCUCCAAUUCGCACGCCGACUCUAACGAAGGGUUCAACACGUUCUCCGGCAGCAGCCGGUAUACAGAGUUCCCCAAAAAAGUUGGAUGGGUCUAAAGUUGUCAGCACCCCAGGCGGAGAAGGCGUGUUGGCAAACUUUUUCAAUUCUCUACUGCAUAAAAAAACUGGGGCAAGUCCCGGUAGCCCGGCCAGUUUAACAGGGUCGCCGAAACCUGUGGCGGAUGGUACUCCUGAUAAAGCUACAAUGCGUUCCGAUGCAGCUGCCGAACUUGAUCGAUUGGCUAGAUCUAGAAAACCUACGGGCGAUGGAGGCAUCGACUUUAAUGCAUCAGAUUGCUGAAGUGAAGAUAAUUUAUUGUUAAUCUAACUUUGUUAUGCUUAUUUUUUGUUCAGGUUGUAAAUGUAGAAAGACGCUUUAAUUUAUUUGGUAUCAUUGGUCAGUUCUGUAUGAAUUUAUUGUACUAACAUGUAAACAAAUUCAGUAUUUCAUGUUGUUGUUUGCUUAAAGUGAAGGAGGAUUUCUGAACUGAAUGUGUAUGAAAUUAUUUCUGUGUGUACAUUAAUUAUAUAUUCGUGUCAUUCUUUUUCUAUAUUAUAUAUAUAUCUUGCAAAACGA